AGGAACCAGUCUCUUCAAUUAAUCAGAUGGAAUGGACAUAUUUGCAUUAAUUGGUGUAUCGUACUGUUUGUACAUUCUAAUUUGGUUCCUAAUUGCAUGUAUUGCUGAUUGUGAUGUUAUUACGUUCUUGGCGGUGCAUUUCGGAAAGUCUCCAGCACCAGAAUUCUCACGAAAAGUGGUAUGGGUAACAGGGGCAUCAAGUGGCAUUGGCGAAGCGUUGGCAAAAAAUUUGGCCCGCUAUAAUGCUCGUCUUGUGAUUUCUGCGCGAAGGAAAGAUGAACUUGAACGAGUGAAACAGGAAUGUUUAGCAUUAAAUCGAAAAUUAAAGGACAAAGAUAUCUUAGUACUCGAUUUUGAUAUGUUGGAUUAUGCAGUCCACGAAUCAAAAUUCGAAAAAGUUGUGGAUCACUUUGGCAAGUUAGAUUUACUAAUAAGUAACGCAGGCAGAGCGCAAAGAGCUCGUUGGCAAAGUAUCGAAUUGGAAGUGGACAAAAGCUUGUUUGACCUGAACGUUUUUUCACUAAUAAACUUGAACAGAAUUGCUGUCCGCUACUUUACGAAGACAGGAAACGUCGGUGGACUAGCAAUUACUUCUAGUAUUGCAGGAAAGUUUGGAGCUCCUGAGUGCGGUUCAUAUACAGGCUCAAAGCACGCAUUGCAUGGCUAUUUUGAGUCUCUGAGAAAUGAGAUUAGCAGCAAUAAGAUAUCAAUCACUAUGCUUUGUCCAGGACCUGUAUUUUCGGAUAUUACGAGGGAAGCUUUUGCUACUAAAAUUGGCGAGAAAGUGGAUAUAGUUAUCCAGCCCACGGAUAGAAGAAUGGCAACGGACCGAUGUGCCUACCUUUGCUUGGUUGCCAUCGCUAAUAAAUUGGAUGAAUCUUGGCAAGCAUUGUUUCCUCUCAUCAUUGUUACACAUUUCCUCAGAAACCGCUCGUUCCUGAUAUCGAGGCUCAUGAGUCUGAUCGACGUUAAAGGAUUAACAGCAAAAAUUCGAGGUACACGGUGGAAUGACUUGAAAGAAGAGUGAAAUCAAUGGAUUAUUAAACUAUUUAGAUGACAAAAAUUGCUGUUUGAAAAUGUCUGCAUGGUCCACUAUUCAUCUUUUAACGGCAUUGAC